AUGGCGAGUUUAGUUGACGCAUAUGAAUUGCGGAGAUUAGCACGUCGGUUCAAAAAACUCGAUUUGGAUGGUUCAGGAAGUCUAAGUGUGGACGAAUUUAUGUCGUUACCAGAAUUGCAGCAGAAUCCGUUAGUUCAGAGAGUUAUUGAUAUAUUUGAUGAAGAUAACAAUGGUGAAGUGGAUUUCAAAGAAUUUAUUCAGGGCAUAUCGCAAUUCAGCGUAAAGGGCGACAAGAAUGUUAAGUUAAAGUUUGCUUUUCGCAUUUACGACAUGGAUCGAGAUGGCUUUAUUUCAAAUGGUGAAUUAUUUCAGGUUUUGAAAAUGAUGGUCGGUAACAAUUUGAAAGACACGCAGUUGCAACAGAUCGUUGAUAAAACCAUUCUUUUUCACGAUAGAGACGGCGAUGGAAAGAUUUCUUUCAAAGAGUUUUGCGAGGUUGUGGGUAACCUUGACGUGCAUGAAAAAAUGGUGGUAAAACCUUAA